ACAACAAACUGCCUCUGCCUUCAGGAAUGAGAUGAAACUAAUGAGUCAGGUCCCUCUCUAUAGCCACACCUGUGCCUCCUUUGCUCUGCCAGAUUGUCCUCUCCAUCCUUCAAAGCCAUCUUCUUCCAGGAAGCCUUCCUUGAUUGAACCCGCUCCUAUGUCACCAUUCAGCAAAUAGUGCUGUGUGCUUGCUGCUCUUCAAGCCCCUUAGCCAGGAGGGCCUUACAGAUCAAGACCAAAGAUUUAGAGGAAGGUAAUUUUCUGAUGUGACGGCUGAGACAUGAGAUCUUCAGCCUCCAGGCUCUCCAGUUUUUCGUCGAGAGAUUCACUAUGGAAUCGGAUGCCGGACCAGAUCUCCGUCUCCGAGUUCAUCGCCGAGACCACCGAGGACUACAACUCGCCCACCACGUCCAGCUUCACCACGCGGCUGCACAACUGCAGGAACACCGUCACGCUGCUGGAGGAGGCUCUAGACCAAGAUAGAACGGCCUUACAGAAAGUGAAGAAGUCUGUCAAAGCAAUAUAUAAUUCCGGUCAAGAUCAUGUACAAAACGAAGAAAACUAUGCACAAGUUCUUGACAAGUUUGGAAGUAACUUUUUAAGUCGAGACAACCCAGACCUUGGCACUGCUUUUGUUAAGUUUUCUACUCUUACGAAGGAGCUGUCCACACUGCUGAAAAAUCUGCUCCAGGGUCUGAGCCACAAUGUGAUCUUCACCUUGGACUCCUUGUUGAAAGGAGACCUGAAGGGAGUCAAAGGAGAUCUCAAGAAGCCGUUUGACAAAGCUUGGAAAGACUAUGAGACAAAGUUUACAAAAAUCGAGAAGGAGAAGCGAGAGCACGCAAAGCAGCACGGGAUGAUCCGCACGGAGAUCACGGGAGCCGAGAUUGCAGAAGAGAUGGAGAAGGAGAGACGCCUCUUCCAGCUCCAAAUGUGCGAAUAUCUCAUUAAAGUUAAUGAAAUCAAGACCAAAAAGGGCGUGGAUCUGCUGCAGAAUCUUAUAAAGUAUUACCACGCACAGUGCAAUUUCUUUCAAGAUGGCUUGAAAACGGCUGAUAAAUUGAAACAAUACAUUGAGAAACUGGCUGCUGAUUUAUAUAACAUAAAACAGACCCAGGAUGAAGAAAAGAAACAGCUAACUGCACUCCGAGACUUAAUAAAAUCCUCUCUUCAACUUGAUCAGAAAGAAUCUAGGAGAGACUCGCAGAGCCGGCAGGGAGGGUACAGCAUGCAUCAGCUCCAGGGCAACAAGGACUACGGCAGUGAGAAGAAGGGCUACCUGCUGAAGAAGAGUGAUGGAGUGAACCAGCUACUACAUCAGGUUGUGUUUGACUUGCUCCCCAGGCUCCGGAAAGUGUGGCAGAGGAGGAAGUGUGCAGUCAAGAAUGGGAUCCUGACCAUCUCACACGCCACAUCUAACAGGCAACCCGCUAAGCUGAACCUCCUCACCUGCCAGGUGAAACCAAACGCUGAGGACAAGAAGUCUUUUGACCUGAUAUCACAUAACAGGACGUAUCACUUCCAGGCAGAAGACGAGCAGGACUACGUGGCAUGGAUCUCGGUAUUGACGAACAGCAAAGAAGAGGCCCUGACCAUGGCCUUCCGUGGAGAGCAGAGCACGGGGGAGAACAGCCUGGAAGACCUGACGAAAGCCAUCAUUGAGGACGUCCAACGGCUCCCCGGGAAUGACGUCUGCUGUGAUUGUGGCUCAUCAGAACCCACCUGGCUUUCAACCAACUUGGGCAUUUUGACCUGUAUAGAAUGUUCCGGCAUCCAUCGGGAAAUGGGGGUUCAUAUUUCUCGCAUUCAGUCUUUGGAACUUGACAAAUUAGGAACUUCGGAACUCUUGCUGGCCAAGAAUGUAGGAAACAAUAGUUUUAAUGAUAUUAUGGAAGCAAAUUUACCCAGCCCCUCGCCAAAACCCACCCCUUCAAGUGAUAUGACUGUACGGAAAGAAUACAUCACUGCAAAGUACGUAGAUCAUAAGUUUUCAAGGAAGGCCUGUUCGUCUUCGUCGGCUAAACUGAAUGAGUUGUUCGAGGCCAUCAAAUCUCGGGAUUUACUUGCACUAAUUCAGGUGUACGCAGAGGGGGUGGAGCUAAUGGAACCGCUGCUGGAGCACGGGCAGGAGCUUGGGGAGACGGCCCUGCAUCUUGCAGUCCGAACUGCAGACCAAACAUCUCUCCACUUGGUUGACUUCCUUGUACAAAACUGCGGGAACCUGGAUAAGCAGACAGCCCUGGGCAACACGGCCCUGCACUACUGCAGUCUGUACGGCAAACCCGAGUGUUUAAAGCUGCUUCUGAGGGGCAAGCCCACCGUGAGCAUCGUGAACCAGGCUGGAGAGACUGCCCUGGACAUAGCAAAGAGAUUGAAAGCUACUCAGUGUGAAGAUCUGCUUUCCCAGGCUAAGUCUGGGAAGUUCAACCCGCACGUCCACGUGGAGUAUGAGUGGAACCUGCGUCAGGAGGAGAUGGACGAGAGCGACGACGACCUGGACGACAAGCCCAGCCCUGUCAAGAAAGAGCGCUCGCCGAGGCCUCAGAGCUUCUGCCACUCGUCCAGUGUCUCCCCCCAGGACAAGCUGUCACUGCCGGGGUUCAGCACCCCGAGGGACAAGCAGCGGCUCUCCUACGGCGCCUUCACCAACCAGAUCUUCGCCUCCACGAGCACAGAUUCGCCCACGUCACCAACCACCGAGGCACCCCCGCUGCCUCCGAGAAACGCCGGGAAAGGUCCAACUGGCCCACCUUCAACACUCCCUCUAAGCACCCAGACCUCUAGUGGCAGCUCCACCCUGUCCAAGAAGAGGCCUCCUCCCCCACCACCCGGACACAAGAGAACCCUGUCCGACCCUCCCAGCCCACUACCUCACGGGCCCCCAAACAAAGGCGCAGUUCCUUGGGGGAACGAUGUGGGUCCGCCGUCAAGUAAGACCGCAAACAAGUUUGAGGGACUAUCUCAGCAAUCGAGCACCGGCUCUGCAAAGACUGCCCUCGGUCCAAGAGUCCUUCCUAAACUACCUCAGAAAGUGGCGCUAAGGAAAACAGAAACCAGCCACCACCUCUCCCUGGACAAAGCCAGCCUCCCGCCCGAGCUCUUUCAGAAGUCCCCGCAGUUAGCAGAGCUACCGCAGAAGCCACCACCCGGAGACCUGCCCCCGAAGCCCACCGAACUGGGUCCCAAGCCCCAAAUCGGAGAUCUGCCUCCUAAGCCGGGAGACCUGCCGCCCAAGCCGCAGCUGGCAGACCUGCCGCCCAAGCCGCAGAUGAAGGACCUCCCGCCCAAGCCGCAGCUGGGAGACCUGCUGGCCAAGCCCCAGGCAGGAGACGUGUCGCCCAAGGCCCAGCAGCCCCCUGACAUCACCCAGAAGCCACACCCGGGGGAUCUGUCCCUGAACGUGCAGUCCCGGGACGCCAUCCAGAGGCAGGCAUCCGAAGACUCCAAUGACCUCACGCCCACUCUGCCCGAGACGCCCGUCCCCCUGCCCAGGAAGAUCAAUACGGGCAAGAACAAGGUGAGGCGAGUGAAGACCAUCUACGACUGCCAGGCGGACAACGACGAUGAGCUCACCUUCAUGGAGGGGGAAGUGAUCGUGGUCACGGGGGAGGAAGACCAGGAGUGGUGGAUCGGGCAUAUCGAAGGACAGCCCGAAAGGAAGGGGGUCUUUCCAGUGUCCUUUGUUCACAUCCUGUCCGACUAGCAAAGCGCAGAACCUCGAGAUUGUCCACAUCUCCACGCAAGACUGCCGCCUCCGCGUACUCCUGUGCACACAUGUAUAUAUGCUGUUACAGAACGAGAGACUCACGCAAGGGCCACCUCGGGAGGGGCCUGGUGCGUGCUGUAAAUAGCCCGUGGUCUUCUGCCUUCGCCAGUAUUAGGGUAGCCCCAGGACCCGGCGCACCUUACUGGUCUGCCAAAGCCAUCCUUGGCAUCUAGCACUUACAUCUCUAUGCUGGUUUCCAAGCAAACAGACAAACACAAGAAUAUAGGAAAUGCUGGCCUUGCAAACAGACGUGGUCCCCAGCAAACCGUUGAAAGGCAUAGAACUGACUCUGUGUUCCUAACAAAACAGUGUUCUCCAUUGUGUUACUGAAAACGCAACAUUAGCAGAGAGGUAGGUUCUGUUCUCCAGGUGAAACGUUAGCCCCCUGACAGACCAGCCUGUAGUGACCUGUGUUCACAGUUUACAGCUACAAAACACCGACCUUGGUAUUUAUUACAGCGAAGUGCUUGGUUAAACAUAAGUGUUACUCCUUCAGUAAAAUAUUCACCGGCCCAAACCCUUUGGUGGCAUUUGACCGUCCCCACCGCCUCGUGCAGGCUGGGCGCAGUCGGUUGAUCCUGUCUGACGGUGACGAGUGCCCGCCCCGGAGAUAUUACCUCAUUAUGCAGAAAUAACAUAUCCUUCAUGACUAUUUUGACGAAAGCUUAAAACACAUCUGGUGAAGUUCAACUUUCAGGAACCGAGGACCGCCAGGAAACAUUAGCCUCUACAUUAUGCAUGCAUUUAGAAGCUUACCUGAAAUCUGCCUUUUAUAAAGGAAUAGUAUGGACGAGUGAACUGUACAUUUUUUAAACUUGAUCGCCAUUAAAGCAGAAAUUAUAAGGUCGCAACAAUACCUGUUUCUAGUCGGUCAUUCGGCCUUCUCGGAGUGUGAAGCUGCCUCUCAUGGUAAGAAUUCGCCUCCUCCCAACUUGUUAAAGCGUCUGCUACCCCAGGUUAGAUUCCUUAUUUUGCCACUUUUGUCCUUGAUCAAUUUAAACUUGUGAAAGAGGAUUCAAGAAGUUAACAGUCAGCCCUUCACACGACUUCCCCCACCCCCACCCCAGCCCCGAGAAUCAAGAGUCGGGGUGCUGAGACUAGCCUCCUGUUUCUCCGUGCUCCAGACACCCGCCCCGCCCCCGCACUGGGUGGAGGGGAGGCUCCCAGCCCGAAGCUGCGUUCAGCAGACGGGUCCCUUCGCGGUCCCUUCGGGGCGGCUCACAGCCAAGUGCUUAAGGGCCGCCCAGAGCUGCGCUGUGAACGGGCGCUCUUCCCGCAGCCAGUGUCCCUCCCGCCUCUCCCCGUCCCCCACCCGGCCAUCAGGCCACGCGGGCACCCCGAGUGCUCAGUCUGAGCCGUCAGUCUGGAUUCCGGAAACGCGUUCUUCCGGCGUCCGUUCCCCAGCCGCGGGGCCCCGGACCCCGAGGCCUGCGCGUCCCUGUGGCCUCCCAUUCGCUUAGACCCUUGUUGGCAGCAGCACAGAAAGCUGGUAUUUUUAAGCAGGGAACCUCGGCCCUGAGUAGAGAUGCCCCUUUCCCAGAAGCACAGCUCCCGCCUGAGCCCGUGGGAACAGCGCCUGGGCGGCAGUCCCCGUGCUCAGUGACAGUCACCCGGCUCUGCUGGAGGGAUUGCAACGGAAACUUGGAACACCCGCCUCCGAGAGAAACCGCGUGAAUGGACCGGCACCACCGCCUCUCCGCUGUCCCCGGAAAGUGGUUUGAAGCAGCCAGUGGCCCCCAUGGGCCAUGCACACCCGCCGGCGCCCGGGGCCACAGCCCUGGCGGGCGCGUCCCAACCCCCUGGCAUCCUGCUUCAUCCAAGUACGCGUCCGCAGUUGCAUUAAAAAACCGUUUUGUCUUUGUGGCCUACAGUAUUUUCGGCUGAUCUCAAAAUAAACUGGUUUUCUAAAAAACUCGAAACCUAGAUGUCUAAAAUUACAUGGAGUCCUUGUCUGUUUUUUUUUUCCUCCUUUGCAGCAACUUACACAGAUGCAUUGUUUUUUUCUUUUCAAUACCUUCAGUGGUUUUUUUUUUUUCUUUCUGGUUCUGCCUUUGUUUUCCGUGAGGAAAUCUCUAAUCCAGCUUACCCUGGGACAUAGGAAAGCUAGAGAUAAAUACCUUGGGUGAUCUUGGUUGAGUUUGAAUCUGAUACUGUUCUUAAACUCAGUGAGCCACUAUCUGCAAUUUUGUACAUGAUAUAGUAUUUUGAAGGUAUGGAACCUUAUGGAAAAAAAUAGCUAAUUAGUUCUUUUUCCCCCAGAGGGGAAAGUUGCGUUCUGCAAAUAGCCUGUGUCUUAUUUUACUGUUGAACAGCAAUUGCUAUUUAUUUUUUUAUUGCCUAGAACUUAUACACGUUGUAUGGGAACCCCAUAGUGCCGCGCGGUAAAUUCCAGACCGACAUCACACACUUGUCAUUUCACAUGGAUUUAAUGUGACCAUUUUCCAGUACUGUAUGUGUUCAUUUCUACUUUUUUUAAUAUUUAAAAUUGCUUUCAAAUAAACAUAUUCUCAGUUGACCCCAAA